UCUGUUGCGCCUCAGCACCUCCUGCCUCGCGGAUGCCCAAGCCCGCCAGCAUGCUCACCCGCAUCCUCCUGCUCUUCGCCGCCGUGGCGCUCAGCCUCGCAGCCAACCCUUGCUGUUCCAACCCAUGUCAAAACCAAGGCGUGUGUAUGACCAUGGGAUUUGACCAGUACAAGUGUGACUGCACGAGGACCGGAUUCUACGGAGAAAACUGCUCGACUCCUGAGUUUCUGACCAGAAUCAAGCUGCUCCUGAAGCCCACUCCCAACACGGUGCACUACAUCCUCACCCACUUCAAGGCGGUCUGGAACAUCGUCAACAACAUCCCCUUCCUGCGGAAUUCCAUCAUGAGAUAUGUGCUGACGUCCAGAUCACAUCUGAUCGACAGUCCGCCCACAUACAACGUGCACUACGGCUACAAGAACUGGGAAGCCUUCUCCAAUCUGUCGUACUACACAAGAGCCCUGCCGCCCGUGGCUGACGACUGCCCGACCCCCGUGGGAGUGAAAGGGAAGAAGGAACUUCCUGACUCUAAAGAGCUUGUGGAGAAAGUUCUCCUGAGAAGAAAGUUCAUCCCUGACCCCCAGGGCACAAACAUGAUGUUUGCCUUCUUUGCCCAGCACUUCACGCACCAGUUUUUCAAGACGGAUCAGAAGCGGGGACCAGCUUUCACCAGAGGACUGGGACACGGGGUGGACUUAAGCCAUGUUUAUGGUGAAACCCUUGACAGACAGCACAAGCUACGCCUCUUCAAGGACGGCAAAAUGAAAUACCAGGUAAUCCAUGGCGAAGUGUAUCCUCCCACAGUCAGAGACACGCAGGUGGAGAUGUUCUACCCGCCCCACGUCCCCGAGCACCUGCGCUUCGCUGUGGGCCAGGAAGUGUUUGGUCUGGUGCCUGGUCUGAUGAUGUACGCCACAAUCUGGUUACGGGAGCAUAACAGAGUGUGCGAUGUGCUCAAGCAGGAGCAUCCUGAAUGGGACGACGAGCAGUUAUUCCAGACAAGCAGGCUGAUACUGAUAGGAGAGACCAUUAAGAUUGUGAUUGAAGACUACGUGCAGCACUUGAGUGGCUAUCACUUCAAACUCAAGUUCGACCCGGAGCUGCUUUUCAGCCAGCAGUUCCAGUACCAGAACCGGAUCGCCUCUGAGUUCAACACACUCUAUCACUGGCAUCCACUCCUGCCCGAUGCCUUUCAGAUUGACGACCAGAAGUACAACUAUCAACAGUUUCUCUACAACAACUCCAUCCUGCUGGAGCAUGGACUUACGCAGUUUGUCCAGUCAUUCACCAAGCAGAUAGCUGGCAGGGUUGCCGGUGGGAGGAACGUUCCACCUGCAGUACAGAAAGUAGCAAAGGCCUCCAUCGAUCAAAGCAGACAGAUGAAAUACCAGUCUUUCAACGAGUACCGCAAGCGCUUCUAUCUGAAGCCCUAUGAGUCCUUCGAGGAACUUACAGGAGAGAAGGAGAUGGCUGCGGAGUUGGAAGCACUCUACGGCGACAUCGAUGCAAUGGAGCUGUACCCUGCCCUUCUGGUGGAAAGACCUCGUCCAGAUGCCAUCUUUGGGGAGACCAUGGUAGAAAUGGGGGCUCCGUUCUCCUUGAAAGGCCUCAUGGGUAAUCCUAUUUGUUCCCCUAACUACUGGAAGCCAAGCACGUUUGGUGGAGAAGUGGGCUUCAAAAUUGUCAACACUGCCUCCAUCCAGAGCCUCAUCUGCAACAAUGUGAAGGGCUGCCCCUUUACGUCAUUCAAUGUUCCAGACCCCCAGCUCACCAAGGCGGUCACCAUCAACGCGAGCUCCUCCCACUCCCGGCUCAAGGACAUCAACCCCACAGUCCUCCUGAAGGAACGAUCCACCGAACUGUAAAGUCUACUGAGCAUAUUUAUUUAUUUAUGAAUCAAUUCUCUUAACUUAAUUAUUUAAUAAUAUUUAUGGUUAAAUCCUCAUGUUACCGAACAUCUUCUGUGACAGAAGGCAGUACUUGUUGCAGAGAAAGAAUUCAUACUUGUGAAAACAUUUGUCUCACUACCUUAAAGAUGCAUUUUCUGCAAGUUUUCAUUGUUUUUUUGUAAACCAGUGGGAAAUGAAUGUUUGACACCUUUUUACUUGAAUUUAAAUCUAUAUUAGCUAGAGUAGGGGCAAAUCAAGGGUGUCUGAACACUGAUGUCACCGUGGGAGUGUCUGUCAUAUCUCAGCGUCUUCCACGAUGCAUUAGAAGGAAAGAACAUCCUUAGAUUUAAAAGAACUUUAGAAAAUCUUCCCUUUCAUCAAAUAAAAAGAGAUACAGGUCUUUUUUGGGGGGAGGGAGGAUUUCCUAAAUCAGACAUUUCCAACAAUUUCAUGUCUGCCUUGAAGCAAUAAUUUGAAAUUUCUAAGAUCACAGAGUAGAAUCAUUUUUAAAAACUUAUUUUAUUUUGUACACUAGUCAUUAAACUGCCACCCACAUCAUUGAUUGAAAUCUGUAAAACCAGUGAAAGUUCUGUUACAACCUGCUGGUUAAAAUGUUGCAUAAGAGAUUCUGCUUUUUUCACCAAGAGUAAAAAUUCUAAUGUGACUGUUACAACUUCCUUUCAAAUAAAAAUGCCAAAAGUAUUCAGGGUGUGGAACCAUUGAGGAUCUGUCUUAAAAUAAGAAUAUUUUACAUAAAUUCCGGAGUUUGCUUUUGUGCCUAGUAACAAACAGACUCUAUAGUAGCAAGAGAUUCUACAUUAACAAUCAGCAAUACAAAAGGAAGAAAGCCAAAAUACUGGAAAUUUAGGCUUGAACUUGUAAAAGAGCCUGUGUGGUCCAGGCCGGGUGCCACAGGCUCCCUGUGAGGCUCAGGACUUCUGAGCUGGCUUGGGGAUGAUCAAUUUCUCACAUUUUCUGUUGCACAGUGUGAUUAGGCAGUGGCCUGGAGAACUGCUUCCUCAAAAUCACGUACGUCUAGUUCUGAAUUUAUUGUCAACUAAAUCUUGAUUAGCUGUGUAUUUGAACCAAGCCAGGCCACCUGCACACUGCUCCUCCUACUGUUUUUCUUACAGCUAAUUGGCAUAUUUCUUAUGUUUUGUUGUCCUGGUUUUAAGAUGGCAAUUCUUUCUACAAAUUUAGCCAGUGUUUUCUCACUUGGAAUGUGUAUUUUUCAGGAAACCUUACGCUCAGGACUACUGUUUAGUUCCUCUUAAGAGGAAUGAAAGGGAGUAUAUACACUCUUAGAAAUAUAAAUAAAAACUAUGCACUUAUCUUAAGUGCAGGCAGAGGAUUUUAUUUAUAAAGAACUUAAACUAUCCGAAACUAAGGAACCUACAAAGACGCUGGUACAAAGAAGAACUGAAGGGUUCUGGACAGGAGGAAAUUACAUUACUAUUCAACCAGGGCUGCUUCUUGUCCAGAAACAGAGCCAAACGGUUCUUUGUCACUCUCAGAGACAAUGAGAGCGGUACUUCACAUCUCGCUGUCAGCUGACAAUUAAUGGUACUGUAUAUUACUGAACUUAGUAAGGAUAAUUAUGUCUUAUUGAGACAUAAUUGUUACAAACUGUGUUUAAGCUUACAAUCAUUUAUUUUUUUCAUUAAGUCAGAAUCAAUAUCUUUUUUGUGAUUACCUCUCAAUUGUUGGGUAAGCAAUAAAAUAGGAUGAUUAGAUUAAGAAUGUGGGUCGAUUGGAGGGAAUACUGAGAUAUUUCAGAUUGGAGUUAAUUAUGUCUUUUUGAGUUCCCCAUUCCCCAGCCUCUACAGGGACGCUGUCAUGUUAGUCCAGACAUGACAAAACAUUGAGCAUUUAUCCAUUUUCAGAGGACCUGUGGGCGGAUGCUUCAUUGAUUUUUCAAACAUCAUUUACUGAUCAAAUGUUCUGUAUAAAGUGUGGUGGGUUUUGAUGUUUUUAAAUCAACCAGUGAUUACAGAUAACAGAGUAUUUAUGCAAGUUAACUGAGAAAUAGAUCUUUUAGGAAAAGGGAAGAAAUCAAAUUAAUUUCAUUAAAGAAGCAACUCGGGAAAUCCUUUAUUAAGAUUUUAUUUUUAUAAAGUUUUGUGCCUAAGAAAGAAAUAGUCAAUAUUAGAAAGACAUGUAUAAGAAUGGCCAACUUCACUGAUUGGGAGACGGGAUUAAGAAAGGAACCCUUGCUAUGUUAUCAUCUGCUGGCUGAACCUCGGGAUU